CAUGCUUUCUACCUGUCAAACUUGGUGGAUCCAAUUACUGCGUAUGUUGAUAUGUUGUGUGUCCAAAAUUUCACUCCAUUCCUUUUGCAGUUGUGCAGAAAUUUCAAGUCAGCUGCAUCCUGCCACUGCUGAUUUUAAAGUUCAUGUGAAACCAUGGUUGCUGUGGACCAGGUAUCUUCCCGCUUGUUCUCAGAAUGGGUAAUUCACAUUCGUUGGAUCAUGCCGUUGAUAAGGGCAUCAAGAUAUUCAAAGAAAUCAAGCACUUGCGCGACGAGUUGAAUCAUUCCAGCUCGAAUGAUGUUGGCAGUUAUCAACACCAAGACAUUGGCCCUUCGUAUCAACAGGUACAGGAGGAACACGACGAUGACGACUAUAGCCGUUUGCGAGCAUUAGCUCACGAAGAAGCCUUGAAACGCAACGAUUGCUACGAGAGAAGUCAAGCCGCUUACCGCGAUGGCGAUGGUGCCCUGGCCAAGGAACUUUCUGUUCAGGGACACGAACACGAUGAUCGAAUGAAACAGUACAACCAACAAGCGGCUGAUCGAGUCUUUGAACAAAAAAAUCAGGAUCGUCCUUCCAACGAGAUCGAUCUCCACGGUCUCUACGUAAGCGAGGCCUCUCAAAAAGUGGAAGAGGCAAUAAGACGAUGCCAAAGCGAAGGUCAAGAUCAUCUCGUUAUCAUUGUAGGCAAAGGUUUACACAGUCCUAAUCAUAUUGCCAAGCUGAAGCCCGCUAUUAUCGAUCUCGUAAAGAAGUACAACGUCAAUUGCCAGCCAAAUAUACCUAAUCCUGGAUGUCUCUACGUUGAAUUUGGUAAAGGUACCGGUGACCUGUCGUGGCUUGAUCGCUUUAUCAACGGGAUGGACCAAAAUCGAAACAGUGACAAUUGCGUCAUUAUGUAAAAUAAAU